AUGCUUGUAUCAAGCUUCCGCUUCACCGUCCGACCUCUCUCCUCCCUCUCCUCUGUCCGGUCACUGGCGGGAGGCAGACGCGCCAUGUCUCAAUACACACUCACCUCGUACAUCGUGACCCCGGCCGAGCUCGAUUCUGCACUCAAGAAGAACGUGUUUAGCAAGCUUUCGACCGCGCCUAGAAUUGUUCCGCUCUGCGCAUCAUGGUUCUUGCCAAACGAUGGCCGGACCGGGAUCGACACGUUCAAGGAGUCUCGUAUCCCUCAUGCUCGUUUCUUCGAUCUAGAUGAAGUGAAAGAUCCGCACUCACCCUACCCUCACAUGCUACCGUCAGGCAAAGACUUUGCGGAUGCGAUGGGUCGCUUGGGCAUCCGAAAGGACGAUAGCGUAGUGGUGUACGAUUCGAAGGAGCUAGGCAUCUUCUCCGCACCGCGUGUAGCAUGGACUUUGCAGAUAUUCGGUCAUCCGAACGUACAUAUUUUGAACAACUUCCGGACGUGGGUCAGGGACGGCUUCCCCACGGAGAGUGGAGAGCCAGCUGAGCAUGAAAGAGUCGACUACCCCGUACCGGAAUUGGACAAGAGCAAGGUCGCUGCCUUUGAAGAGGUCAAGGAGAUAGUGAAGGAUGCAGGAAAGGAGGGCGCCGAGGAGGUGCAGGUGUUGGACGCGCGACCUGCUGGUCGCUGGGCGGGAACUGACCCCGAGCCCAGGGAAGGUAUCUCCUCUGGACACAUGCCUAGUUCUACAAAUGUCGCCACGAACAACCUGCUUCACUCCGACGACAAGACCUUCUUGCCUCCAGCCGAGCUGAGACAGAUAUUUGAGAGCUUGGGAGUGGAUCCCGCAAAGCCCAUUAUCAGUAGCUGCGGCACUGGCGUCACUGCUGCUAUUGUGGAUACCGCUCUGACCGAAGCCGGAUAUCCACAAACAAACAGGCGCAUUUACGACGGCAGCUGGACUGAGUGGGCACAGCGUGUGAAGCCUACUGAAGGCCUCAUUACAAAGUCACUCUAA